AUGGCCGAGCUUGUUGAUGUCCCCGAAGGCCCUGGGCACUGCCCAUGUGGCUGCGGGCCUGGUUCACUCGCAGCCCCUGAUGGGCACAGAGUCCCCCCUUCCUCAGUGGAACCCCUGCGGCCGACCCCCUCCAUUUACCGUGGGCUGAAUCUGCACUCUGGUUUGGGCCUUUUCCCAGUAGAUAUUCUGGAAGAUGACCCUGAAGGGUUGCGGGCAGCCUCCCUGGCUUGUUAUGCUGCCAUUGUGGAAGGAGCUGGUCCCUCACCAGAGGUUUUCUCUCUUCCCAAUGGGGAGCAGGUUAAACUUGAAGCUUCUUCUGUUUGUUUUUGCACUAUGCACCGUGAUGAAACUCAACAUAAAUUACUGGUUUUGGUUAAUCCCCAGGACACAAAGUCAGUUGUAGCUGUCUACGUAAACGGAUGCUGGUGGUCCACCGAAGACAUGCUGAGGACUUCUGACCCUGCGCGACAAGGUCUGAUCAAGGUUGAGUCAUUUGGGGAAAAGAUUGUGCUUUUCAUUCUCAAUGUCAUUAUUUUUGGAAGACUGGAGAGAAAUCCGGAUGCUGAUGACAUGUUUUUUUUACCUCAUUCUGUGAGGGAGCAAGCUAAAAUUUUGUGGAGAAAUGGUGCAGCUAUUGGAUUUUACACAGUCAAAAUGAAAGGCAGCCUGUGUGGUGAUGGCAGUGGAAUGUGCUACCUGCUCCCUGUCUUCGAUACUGUCUUCAUCCGGCGGCAGCAUCGAGGCCAAGGCCUAGGGAUGGUCUUGCUGCAGGACUUCUGUGAGACCUUCUCAGAGGACGAGGCCCUGGGGGUCAGCUGUCCCAUUUCUCCCGCCAUGCUCCAAGUCUGUAGGAAGUUCCUGUUGGCCUGUCCGGAGGAGCGGGGGCGCCUUUGGGAGGUGGAGCCCCCAGGAGCCUGGGGCCAGCGAGUCAACAUCUGGCUGAAGAACCAGCUUCUGCAGUGCCCACUCCCAGAAGGUGGGGACCUAGGAGCGGCACUGGCUGAGAACUCAUCCCCUCGUGGGAAGGUGUACUGCCGCACUCACUAG